UUUCCCGGGCCCCAGGCAACCCUCGCACAUACUGUAGGUGUACGCGUGCGGCGUGAACGGCGAAGUACGAAUACAGUUUGACUAGUCGGUAGUCAGUCCAAACCAUGUCAGAAAGUUCUCGUUAUAAUAUUGAGAGUUCUUCGCGGAAUGAAGAGUAUUAAUCCAUUGACACAGCCAGGGGUCCAGCCCAGUGUUGGUUACUGUACAAGAUGAUCAGAGUAUUUAUUCCGAGUUUCCAACAAGUACACAGAGAGCCUGAAGGGAGAGGUUACACGGUAUUUGUCAUUGAAGUGUAUGUAUCAGGCCAUUGCAACAUUGUAGAAAAAAGAUAUAGUGAGCUCUUGGCUUUACACAAACAGUUACGCAAGACCAUCAAUACACCUGAAUUUCCACCAAAGAAAGUUAGAAACUGGAGCUAUAAAAUUAUAGAACAGCGCCGACAAAGCAUAGAGGCAUACUUGCAGGCUGUUGUGAAAAGCAACGUGCUUCCAAAAUCACUGCUCAGUUUUCUUGAAAUUGGUGACAUCCGGUUUGAUGACAGCUGUGGAAGCUAUGAGUCGCUCGAUUGCAUUGGGAGAGAUUCCUGUAGCCACCAGCCAGUACUAGCUUUUGCUGAAGAUGCUUACUUAGAGGACAAACCAUUAACUGGUAUGCUUCCUGAUCUUGUAUCUGAAGGCGUAUUCAUGGGAUUUUAUGGCACAUGCAGCAAAGAAAUGGAUGCUUUAGUUGGUUUGUCAUCCUAAUACAUUCAUCUGACUGCUGACUUGGAGAAAGAUGGGAUCCACUACCAAUUUGCAUGAUCCAUCAUGUAAACUACAUGCUUUGUAAUAGAGAAUAUACUUGCUAAUUAGUUGUGGGUCUCUACAAAAAUUAUUGUACCCAUUUAUAUUUAUGUUAGUUAUUAAGUUUGUACUUUUCAAGGAUGAAAAUUGCAACCGUAGAUUUGAAUUGUUGACCUUAAAUUUAUCACUGGAAUUAUUUCAAUGAGAGCCUUGCAUGUUAUGAACAAAGCUAUCUAGCAGAUUAUUAACUCUGGUUUUGCUAUAUUUGCCAUCAAUUGAAAUUAUAUUUUUAACAUUAUAAACUGCACUAGAUGUAUAUUAUCUGAUAGGCAUUAGAUUAUUAUCUGCAUUGUUUUUUUAUGAUUUGGGCAUGGGAAUCAUUUUCUUAUGUUAAUUGCUGCUAGCUGUUCAGAUAGGAAUACCCUGUUUGUAAUUUCUAAAAUAAACAUACUAAGAAAUUGUUCUUGGGCUAAAAAGGGAUUGGAAAGUGCUGUCAGCGAUAUUAGCAAUGGCAAUUAAAUGGUCAGUGUUAUGAGGAGCAUCUACUCAAUCUAUACCACGUUGCUAUUACUUCAUUUAUGUCAUAGUAAUCUAUAUAAAAAUGGCUCGCACUAAAUAUUGUCUUGCCAGUAGUAACCAAUAUUAAUUGCAUGUUUCAGCUGUUCUCUGCUGAACCUAUGUGCUCUGCUGUACAAAGUUGUGUUGUCACUAUCUAUUGGUUUAAAUCUAUGAUCUGAUGGGCUUCAAAGACAA